AUGCACAACACAGUCCACAUUGAUGAGAAAUGGUUCUACAUCACAAAAAGUGCACAAAGGUUCUACUUAACUCCUGAAGAGAUAGAACCUCAUAGGACAUGCAAGAACAAGAAGUUCAUCACCAAGGUGAUGUUCAUGUGUGCUGUAUGUAGGCCAGUUUUUGGGGCUAGUGGUGAGUGCUUGUUUGAUGGAAAAAUUGGAAUUUUUCCAUUCACUGAACUUGUUCCAGCAAAAAUGAAUAGUAAGAACAGGGCUGCAGGCACUAUGGAGUGGAAGCCAAUUCAAAGCAUCACCAAACAAGUGGUGAAAGACUGCCUGAUAUACCAGGUAUAUAGGGUGAAUGAGAUAUGCCCUAAAUCAAAUGCAAGCAAAACCAUCUUUAUUCAACAAGAUAAUGCUAGGCCUCACAUUCAAGACUCAGACCCAGAUUUCAGGGCCGUUGCUUCAGCUGAUGGCUUUGAUAUUCACUUGGUGCAUCAACCACCAAACUCCCCAGACACAAACAUUAAUGAUUUGGGGUGGUUUAGGGCAGUACAAAGCCUCCUAACCGAAUCCAUGUCUACAAAUGUGGAUGGUCUAGUGAAUGCAGUGAUUAAUUCAUUCAAUGAGUUAAGCCCAACUACUUUAAAUAAAGUGUUCUUAAGCUUGCAAAGCUGUAAGGUGGAAAUUCUGAAAGUGAAGGGGAGGAAUAGCUAUAAGAUCCCUCAUCUAGGGAAGGAUGCUUUGAUUAGGCAGGAUAUGCUGCCCUUGAAUCUCCAAGUUCCAAGUGAACUUGUAAGGGAGUGCAUAUCCUACCUAAUUGACAAUGGAGCAUUGUCAAUUAGUGAUACACUAAUGCAGAAUUUGGGAGUUAAUGCAGGUUGCACAGAUGAGGUUGAGUUGAUGGUGCAUCAACUUCAAAUUCAAGCAACUAAGGUUAUGUGA